CCCUGAGCUCCGACAACAUCCAGUUUGUCCUACAUAUUCGCAUGAGCCUCAACCGCGAGGCGAAAUGUCGCAAAGCAGAGAGCCAGCAGAUCAAGCUGGAGAACGAGGAGAUGGAUGGCCCAUGGGAGCAGGUGGAUGUUCGGGCCCCGCUACUGGACUCGGGAUCAUCGGCGACGACCUUCACGUCGACGUCGGCAAGGCCUACACUACAACGGAUGCAGCCGCAGGGGCGACUGAUCGCUCAUCAGGACGUGAGGGGUCACAUCUUCUACACGGUCGAGGGCUCGGAGCUGGACAACAGCAUGAAGCGGAUGACGGACACCUUCCUGCAGGAGCACCUACCGAACUGGGAGAUGUGGUCCAGCAAGCUCCUCCAGCAGUGGACGCAGUGCCGUCGCUGGGGACGAAUCAUCCAGAAGGUCUUCAUCAAGACGAUCGACCGUGUGAACUGGAAGCUGGACAGCCUCGGACUACCUGUGCAGUUGCUACCCGAGAGGUACCCGACCUGGCCGGCGGACAUCGAGCAUCGUGCGAAGAUCGAGCCGUGCCAGCCGUGCACGGAGCCGAAGCAGCGCCCCCUGUCCCAGAAGUCAGCAGCCUCAGCAGCCGCGCGCGAGCAGAAUCAAGAGCUGCGAGCCACCAUCGAGACCGCAAAGUCAGAUUUCUUGACCAAGUUUGCGGAGGUGGAUGCGUUUGCAGCGCUGAGCUCGGAGCAGAUCCACGAGCAGCUCAGCAUGGUCACGUUGGUCAACCAUCUCAAGCCGCUGUGCAAGAUGUGGGGACUGACCCAGACUGGCAAGAAGGAGGAGGUGAUCGACAAGAUCAUCGCGUACAUCAUCGAGCAGCGCGGCACGGCGGCAGCGACUAUCAAGAUCAAGAAGGAGACGGAGACCAAGAAGAUGGAGACGACGGCCAUGCCCGUGGGCCCGGCGAUCUCAGCUCACUACACUCAGAUGUGCCAGCACCCGGACUGCAAGCUACGCCGAGGCAUCGCCAAGAACGAGCCGAUCGUGAAGGUGAGGCCUACGGUUGGUGCCACCAGGUCGGCCAUUUUCGGAGCUAUGUGCGCCCUCGCAACCUUCGGCCGCCUGACGAUGGUCGAAGCGUGCACCCACGAGGACUCGAAUCUCGGGAAGGUGUGCGACGAGAAGGGCUACCACUACGAGCGGCUCGGCCUCUUCAACGAGAACGACCUCAGCAAGCCGCAGGGCUACCACAAGGCGAAGUUCCUGCUAGACGAGAAGCGCCCGGAGCUCUUCGUCAGUACACCACCCUGCGGUCCAUGGUCGAUAAUGCAGAACGUCAACCAGCGCAACGAUCAACAGAAGGAGAACCUUCGCAGGAAGCGGCUCAAGAGCCAGCGGAUCUUCGAGAACAACAAGAGGCUCAUCGAGCACCAGGUGCUCAACCUGAACGGCUCGGCCCUCGCCGAGCAGCCCCACAACAGUCGGUCGUGGCAGAAGACCUGCUGGAAGGAUCUCCACAAGAUCCUACCGUACGAGGUGAUCGUGGAUGGCUGCGCCUGCGGACUACGAGCCCCUGACACGGGCGAGCUCAUGAAGAAGCGCUGGAAGUUCCUGACGAAUGACAGGAGGAUCUGGGUAGCCCUACAACCUCUACAGUGCCGUGGAGGACACUACCACGAGGAGAUAGAGAGCAGCUUGAGGACCGAGGCCUCGGGCUCCUACCCCAAGAUGCUGUGCCGCCGGAUCCUCAGGGCUCUGACCAAGAGCCAGAACCAGAACUACUUCGAGGACGAGGUUGUGAACUGCCUCUGCAUGGCAGCUACCCAGCAGCCACCGACAGAGCCUACGCCAGAGGAGGACGAGCCGUCUCUUCCACCACAAGACGGCAAGGAAGCGCACAACCUCACCAACGAGACGGUCAAGAAGCUCGAGAGCUACAUCAGAUUGGUGCUUUUCGACGCUUUCUCGUGGAUCCGUCGCAGCACGAACACGAACGUGAUGGCGCUGGCGAUACUCGACGCCGGCUCGGACAUCCUCUACGUGCGGCUGAUCGACGAGAAGCCGAUCCCGGGUACGACUCGACAAGUUCGUGCCGGCGACCUUCGGCAUAUCUUUGCUACAAAAUGGUUCCCCUGGAUGGGACGCCCGAAGGUCAUGCGCUACGACCCUGCCGGCAGCGCCAUCUCCGACGAGUUCCGCGAGUGGAUCGAGGGCCAGGGAGUCUACUGUCUCCCAUGCGCGGCCGACGCCCACUGGCAGAUCGGCAAGAUCGAGCGCGCCAUUGAAGCCUUCAAGGAGGCCCUCGACGCUUUCGACGAGAUGGUCUCAGCCGAAGUACCCACCAGCGAGAUGUUCGGACUCCAGACAGCGGCCAGGAACGACCUGAUCAGGAUCGACGGGUUCAGCCCGCUGCAGCGCUACGCGGGACGGACGCCGACUGGGACGACAGUCAACCUGUCGGACGAGCCGAACAACCUGCCGCUCAUCAGUGCCGAGCUGCAGGACGGUACCUUCAGCAGGGACGCCCAGGUACGACGGAUGGCGCGGCUGGCUCACAUCCAGACCGAGAACUCUGACCGAGUUAAGCGAGCGGAGGCCGCGCGCUUCAGGUCCUUCAAGAAGUACGAGACGGGCGAUCUGGUUUUCGUCUACAGGCGGCUCCCACCAGGGGCCUGGCGCAAGAAGGGACAGCCUCGCUCAAUGCCUGGGCGAGGACGCUGGUACGGACCUGGACGAGUACUUUGUCACGAGCCAGCGAGCUCGGGACACCGACCUGGUCUACCUGGGACGGUGGUCAAUAUCACACUGGCUGGCCGCCUCUACCGAGUUGCCCCCGAACAACUUCGACCUGCCACGCCUUCUGAGGAGGCGAUGGACUCCCUACGCUCGCGCCGCGAGCAGCCGGGGACCUGGACCUUCGGCGAUGUCCAGAAGCAGCUCGACACUAACGAGGUGAUCGACUUGUCGAACGAGUCCCCGCCCACUGGCGAGGAGACCCUCGUAGUCUUGACCCAGGAGGCGGCGGAGGUGGUGGAGCCUUGGCGGCGCCACCCGGACUGGAAGAGCGACCUCUACCUGGACCGCGUCCAGGAACCUCUCAUCCAGCCAGCUCAGCCAGAAGUUCCACCAGGCAUUCCACAGGAAGACGGCCACGAAGCUGGACUACCCGAAGAAGCUGAGCAGCCCAUCGAGGAGGAGAUCGUCAUGGAAGCCCCUCCCGGCGACGACCAGGAGGAGCGCGCGUCGCAGCGGCCCAUCGAGGUGGAGACUGACGAUGACCUCGACGAUAUCUCGGCGCCCGACGUGAACGAUAAGCGCCGGAUCCGAGAGCCCGGCUCAACCGAGCCCCCGGCUAAGAAGCAGCGGGUCAACGCUGCGACCCAGGAGGCCUUCUCCUACUACCUGCAAGAGGGUAACUUCUACAGCGACUAUGCCUACAGUGUCCAGCAGUACGACGAUAUGAAGGAGAACGACGAACUCAUCGUGCUGGACAUCCCUGUCAGCAACGAGCAUGCGUUCAUGGCCUACAUGGACGACCCCAGCAACUUCGUGGCAUCGCAGGCCCGCAAGGGCCGAGUGGAGGUCUCAUUUAAGAAGGCGACGCCUGAGGAGAAGAAGCUGCUACUCGAGGCCCAGCAGAAGGAGUGCACCUCAGUCCUCAGCACGAAGGCCGUCAGGAUCCUCAGCCGACAGGGGAUCGACCCGGCGCGCCUGCUGCGCUGCCGCUUCGUGCUGACCUGGAAGAAGGACACGCUCAAGACGCUGCAGCUGGAGGUGGUACAGUGCGAGCCGUGCGUCUGGGUCAUUCGAGACGGCACGAAGCUGGUCGGCAUGGUUAUCCUACACGUCGAUGACAUGAUGAUCGCCGGCGACCAUCACAACUCGGCCUUCCUCAAGAAACGACAGGAGAUACAACAGGCCUUCGAGUGGACACCUUGGGAGAGCCGAGCGUUUGUGCAGUGCGGCAUCAGUAUUCGACAGAAUGAGGACUACACCUGCAGUCUCGCACAGGACAGCUACAGCCUGAACGUGGAGCCCAUCAAGAUACGACGUGGACGCAAGCCCACGGAAGGAGUUUCAGACAAGGAGAGAUCAGAUCUACGAGGCCGACUUGGUACAGUCGGAUGGCGAGCUCAGCAGUCGGCCCCGUGGCUCAGUGCAGAAGUCUCUCUACUUCAAGCGGAGAUACCUACGGCGACGGUCUCUACCAUCCAGAAGAUCAACAAGCUGAUCCGCACCAUGAAUGACACUGCCGACGUGGUCAUGCUCAUCCCGGCCAUCGAGCAGAUCGCUGUGGUUGGCUGGGGCGAUGCUGCCUGGGCCGCUCGUAUCACUGGCGAGUCCCAGGGUGGCGAGAUGAUCGUGCUGGCACCACUGUCUUUCCUGAGUGGCUCGACAGAGACGGUAGCGCCUAUCUCAUGGAGAUCAUGCAAACUACCGCGAGUGGCCAGAAGCAGUACGAGUGCGGAGGUUCAGAUGAUGACAGAGACCCUCGACGAGAUCAGCUACGUGCGCCUGUUCAUCUACGAGCUGGAGUGCGGCCAAGUGGACUACACCAACAAGCAGCACGUGAACGACGCCAUCUCAUCCUGCCCUGGCAAACUGGUCACAGACGGUAAGUCGGGCUACGACGCGAUCGAGAAGAGCGAGUCAGCUGGUCUCGGCCUACGCGAUAAGCGGACGAGCAUCGAGUGUCUAGGCAUUCGACAGCAGAAGGAGCAGACGGCCCUCCAGAUACGCUGGGUCCACAGCGAUGCCAUGCUAGCCGACGGCCUCACCAAGGAUCGAGCCGCCAAGGUCUUGCUGGAGUUCUUCAGGUCAGGUCAGCGCUGGAGACUCGUGGACGACCCCCUGCACCGCAGUGCUAGGAAGCGCAAGACCGAGGGCAUGGACAAGCUGGACCACGGCAAGCCGUUAUCAGCAGAUGACGAUGAAGCUAUGCUGGAGGCCCUGAUCUACUUCGCUCGCGACAAUCCCUACGAGCAGGAGACCCCUGCCGGAGAUAUAGCCCUUUGGGGCACUGUGAAGCCUCUCACGCGCUCUGUGCUUUCUGUGAAUUCAGUUGCCAGAGGCAGGUCUCGAUGCCGUAACAUCGAUCUUUAG